AUGUCUAUAACUCGAAUUAUAAUUGGUCAAUUCGAUCCAAGCAAUGGUUUUGGCCCCGCAAAUACUAGCUUGGCACUAUUUGGUGGAAAAUUAUUUGCUCUUUAUGAAUCCGAUAUUCCUUAUGCUAUAAAAUUAUCCCCAAAUGGUGAUAUCAUAACUAUUGGUGGUAAAAGGCAUCCUCCCACCAGAAAUGGCCCAAACCCACAAUAUUUUCCUCGUGGACCUUUCCAUUUCUUUGAUGGUGAUGGAAUGCUUCACUCUACUAAAAUUUCUCAAGGCAAAGCGAUAUUUUGUAGUCGUUAUGUCAAAACUUACAAAUACUUGGUAGAGAAAAAAGCAGGAUAUUCAGUCAUUCCUAAUGUCUUCUCCGACUUUAAUAGCCUUAUUGCCCUUGUGAUUCGCGGAGCAAUGUCUAUAACUCGAAUUAUAUUUGGUCAAUUCAAUCCAAUCAAUGGUUUUGGCCCGGCAAAUACUAGCUUGGCACUAUUUGGUGGCAAAUUAUUUGCUCUUUAUGAAUCCGAUAUUCCUUAUGCUAUAAAAUUAUCCUCAAAUGGUGAUAUCAUAACUAUUGGUUGUCACAAUUUUGAUGGAAAUCUUUCUAUAAAUAUGACAUCCCAUCCUAAAAUCUAUCCAAAUACUAAUGAGGCUUUUGCCUUUCGAUACGAUCCAAUAUUAUCUCCAUACUUAACUUAUUUUCGAAUUCACCCUAACGGGGUCAAAAGUCAUGACCUACCAAUUUUCUCUAUGACACGUCCAUCAUUCGUUCAUGACUUUGCCAUUACAAAAAAUUAUUCCAUAUUUCCCGAUAUACAAAUUGAAAUGAACCUUUUAGGGCUCAUCACUGGUGGAGCACCGGUGGGUACCAACUCGAGAAAAGUACCUCGACUUGGGGUGAUUCCUCGUUACGCGAUAGAUGAGUCAGAAAUGAGGUGGUUCGAAGUACCAGGGUUCAAUAUGAUGCAUGAAAUAAAUGCGUGGGAAGAAGAUAAUGGUGAUACGAUAGUAGUGAUUGCUCCGAAUAUAUUAUCGAUAGAGCACUUUUUGAAAAGAUUGGACCUAGUUCAUGCAAAAAUUGAACAAGUAAAAAUUGACUUGAAGACGGGGAGGGUAAGUAGAAAUCUAAUGUCGAAGAGGAAUCUUGAAUUGGCAUGUAUCAACCGGGCUUAUAUUAGCAAGAAGAACAAGUACAUAUAUGCAGCCAUUGCAGACCCUUUGCCAAAGGCAAAAGGUGUGGUAAAAUUGGAUGUAUCCAUGUUAGAAAUUGAUCAACAACCUGAUUGCAUAGUGGCCACAAGAAUUUUUGGACCAAAUUGUUUCUGUAGUGAGCCCUUUUUUGUGCCAAAGGACCAUGACAAUGUAUUUGCAGCUGACGAAGACGAUGGCUAUGUGGUGUGUUAUAUGCAUAAUGAGAGCACAAGAGCAUCAAGUUUCAUGGUGAUGGAUGCCAAGACUCAUGAUCUUGAAAUUGUGGCUAUUGUGAAAUUGCCUCAUCGUGUGCCUUAUGGUUUUCAUGGGAUAUUUGUGAAGGAAAGUGAUCUUAACAUGCUAUAGGAAAGUUGUCAAGUUUGGGUUGUUUAUAUAAAUUUUCACUAUUUAUGUGGAUUAUGUUCUUCACGCAUCAUUCAGAUAAAAUGACUAUGAAAUUACAUUAUACUUUCAUGUAUUAUGAAUA